GAUAACAGAGAAAGAAGUAGACAGGGGCAAAAGAAAAUCAAUAAGUGGAUUGAUAGAAAUUUCCCAAUACCUUCCUUUCAAAUUCUAUAAAAAAAAUAAAAAAUAAAAUUCAAGGGGUUACACCCAGCCCACACACCCCCACACCCAUGAAAGAAAAAACAAAUCAAUUGUGGUUGACAUCUUUGUUCAUGAAAGCAAACCUUGUUUCAGAAAUAACAGAGUGCUCAUGCUCAUCAAAAUUCAGAGUUGGCUACAUCAGCCAAAGGUAUGGAGAUUUGUUUGUUUUGCUUCAUCUAUCGUUGGACUUAUCUGUUAUGCUUUCAGCUCCUCUUUCAAUCAUUUAAUUGGAAAUUGGAGCUGGUGGAAGAUCUUUCUUUACAUUCUUUUCAGUCUCUUAAUCUCCCUUUCAACCUUGUUUGCAAAGACAUGGCAGUACUCUAACUCUCGCUGUUUGGAAGCUCACACAGCGUUUUCUACUCUGCUGAUCACUAGUGUAUAUUCCUUUUUCCUUGAUAAAGAUGUGAAACAGAACCCAGAUGUAUAUAGUCUGGUUUCAAGUGUUGCAUUUGCUAUCAUGUCUUUGGGCUUGUCAAGGCUGAGUCAGUUAGGAUUUGAGGUUGAUCUCCUCUAUUUUUUCUGUGGACUUCUGACUGUACAACUCAUGAAAUUAAAACUAUGGUUAGUCAUCGUUGGAGGAACUUUCAGUUAUUCCCUCAUCCUUCUUCGUUCCAAUUUGGAUCCUCAACCAAGAAGUGGUUAUCAUGGACUUCAACACCAAGAUCAUGUAGUGGUUGAAAUUGGUUCCCAUUCACAACCACAAGGAACCGGUGAUAGUGUUACUCAAGUGGAUUCGCCCCAAACAAUUAUGGCUACUUCACAACCACACCAGGUCAUGGAUUUGGUUUGGCCUUCUAGAGAAACAACACGUAGUGCUUCUCAAGUAGUUUCACCUCAAGAGGCUGGUGGUGCCCCUCCAGAAAGCAUUGAUGGUACCAAGGAAUGCUUCAUGGGUUGUAUAGAGACUCUUAAGAAGGAGAAUAGGAGCGUUAUUAGCGCUAUUUCCAUGCAUGUAGACAAAUACCUUAAAGCUAAUGUUGUCGGUGAGAAUCAGAUUUCAGUGCCAGAAUUGCAUGGCGACAACAACAUGGUGGUGGAUACAUUGUCGUCAGGAAUGAUGAGCAAGCUUCGUGAAAGUGUAGAGAAGAUGGUGUCAGAUGGAUUUGAGGAGGAAUGCUUAGACGUGUACAGUAAUUGGCGGAGGGAGUUUCUGAAAGAGAGUUUAUGGAGAUUAGAGUUGCAAGAUCAAGAGCUCAACAUGGAGGACAUUAACAGGAAAGAAAAGAUUGAGAGGUUGAUAAAAGCUAUGAACAUAGCUGCGAGGAUACUCUUUCCGAAUGAGAGGAGACUCUUCAGUCGUGUAUUUAGCAGCUCCAUCCACUCUAGGGAGUUGUUUCAUUUCAGGAAACUUUGCACGGAAUUGACCACUAGUCUGCUGAACUCUGCCCUUGCCUUGGAAACUUGGAGUCAUUUCAUGCGCAACGCAUUGCAGGGGUUGAUACAAGAGUUUGAAUCAUGUACAAUCAGAAAUAUUGUAGUGCAGCUGAUACGACAGAGAUUGAAUAUUUACGAGGCUUUGGAAGAUGCAUCACCCAUUCCCGGUGGCGGGAUUCAUCCUGAGACCCUUGAAGUGAUGUACCGUAUUUAUUCUGUUCACAGAGAUAGGGAAAUUACUAAAGUUAGCCAAGAUUUAAAGGAGGGAAAGAUUCCAUCAUCUGUGUAUAUAACAAAAGUGAGAACUCUGUUAGUGAGUAGUUUGGAAGCUAAGUCGUCCAUAAGAGGUAAUAAGCUUAAAGUGAUGCACUACACUAAAUCUCCAAUCCCAAGAAGGAAGAGUGAACUUAGAAAAGGUUCAGAAGAUGAAAUGAUUUCACCUGUGUACAUGGACAGGAUGACAGAGCUUUUAGAGAACCUUUUGGAAGUCAGCUCCAAAAAUUACAAAAACCCUAUUUUGGGUUAUGUUUUCAUCAUGAACAACCGGAGAUUCAUAGAAGUAGAGGCAAAAUUGAAUGGACUGGGACCUAUUUUUGGAGAUGACUGGCUCCACAAAAACACAAGAAAACUCCAAGAAAACCUUGAACUCUAUCUAAGAAGCUCAUGGAAUAAGAUCGUGGACCUUUUGAAGAUAGACAUCAACAAUCAACUAGAGCCUAGUGUUGCGAUCGAGUUGAUGAAAGACGACCUUUAUUGGUUCAACGAACACUUUGACAACACAUGCAACAUUCAGUCUGCAUGGUCUGUCUGUGAUGAGGAGUUAAGGGAGCAAAUAAUAAAAUCCAUAGAAAGCAUGCUGUUGCCAGCAUAUGGAAGUUUCCUUGGGAGAUUUGAGGAACUUGUUGGGAAGCAUGCUUAUGAAUACAUUAAGUAUGGAAUGUUUGAGGUUCGAGACCAACUCAACAACUUGUUUCUUGUAAGGGAGUAGAUGAAUCUGUUUCAAAGGUUAAGUGAGUUAGAUUUAGAGAACAACAAUUUUAUUAUCUCAGUUCCAAAGGAUUUGUGCCCUGUAUACCACUCUAUGUUUCAACACAGUCACAAAUGUCUUUCCUUCUUUAUUUUGUUUACAUGUUUUAGAUUGGUUCAAAUUUAAGUUUGCAUAUAUUUUCGUAAUUCUAUGCCUGAAGAGAAGGAAAUAACACCUAAGUUUGGGAAGAAUUAGUAUACAGGCUUAACCUAUCUAUGGAUACUAAU